AUGUGUAACCACUUCAGUCUAAAACCAACAGUGUUUUCUACUGAAGCAGCCCACAGACCCCCACAACCCACAUACCCCCCCCCCCACAGCCCACGGACCCCCCACAUCCCACAGACCCCCACAGCCCACAGACCCCCCACAACCCAAGGACCCCCACAGCCCACGGAUCCCGCACAGCCACAGACCCCCACAGCCCACAGACCACCCACAGCCCACGGACCCCCACAACCCACAGACCCCCCACAGCCCACGGACCCCCCACAUCCCACAGACCCCCACAGCCCACAGACCCCCACAACCCACGAACCCCCACAGCCCACGGAUCCCGCACAGCCCACAGACCCCCACAGCCCACAGAUCACCCACAGCCCACGGACCCCCCACAGCCCACAGACCCCCACAACCCACGGACCCCCACAGCCCACGGACGCCCAACAGUCCACAGACCCCCACAGCCCACGGACCCCCACAGCCCACGUACCCCCACAGCCCACGGACCCCCACAGCCCACGGACCCCCACAGCCCACAGAACCCCCACAGCCCACAUACACCCCCCACAGCCCACAGACCCCCCACAGCCCACGGACCCCCACAGCCCACGGACCCCCACAGCCCACAGAAACCCCACGGACCCCGCACAGCCCAUGGACCCCCACAGCCCACAGACCCCCUCCACAGCCCACAGACCCCCACAGCCCACAGACCCCCACAGCCCACAGACCCCCCACAGCCCACAGACCCCCCACAGCCCACAGACCCACCCACAGCCCACAGACCCCCACAGCCCACAGAAACCCCACGGACCCCGCACAGCCCACGGACCCCCACAGCCCACAGACACCCCACAGCCCACAGACCCCCCACAGCCCACAGACCCCCCACAGCCCACAGACACCCCACAGACCCCCACAGCCCACCCACAGCCCACAAGCACCCCACAGCCCACAGACCCCCACAGCCCACAGACCCCCACAGCCCACAGACCCCCACAACCCACGGACCCCCACAGCCCACAGACCCCCACAACCCACAGACCCCCACAACCCACAGACCCCCCACAGCCCACGGACCCCCACAUCCCACAGACCCCCACAGCCCACAGACCCCCCACAACCCAAGGACCCCCACAGCCCACGGAUCCCGCACAGCCACAGACCCCCACAGCCCACGGACCCCCACAGCCCACAGAAACCCCACGGACCCCCACAGCCCACAGACACCCCACAGCCCACAGACCCCCCACAGCCCACCCACAGCCCACAGACACCCCACAGACCCCCCACAGCCCACAGACCCUGUGGGCUGUGGGGGACCUCAGAAGGUUGUUACCAUGA